CCGAUUCCAGCAGCAUCGGGUCGGGCGAUUUUGUCGCUUCCUUCUUCAUCUACCUUUUGAUUUCCUUGACUACACCAGACGCCAAAUUCAAAGAAAAAGAAACACAGUGAUUUAAGCAACUGUGUUUCUCACCAUGGCAUCUUCCGAUUCCGAUAAGCUGAUGUCUAAGGCCGAUAAACUAACAAAACUCAGUCUCACAAGGUGGAGUGCUGAUUGGAAAACUGCCACUGGUUUAUAUGAGCAAGCUGCUAAUGGAUUUAGGGUUGCUAAGAAGUACGAAAAAGCUAAAGACGCGUUCGAAAAGGCUUCCAAAGGACAGGAAAUACUCGCCUCCCCCUGGGAUGCUGCUAAGCAUAUGGAAUCUGCUGCUGCUCUGGCAAAGGAACUACAAAAAUGGAAUGAAGUUGCGGAUCUUUAUAGAAAGGCAUCUGAAUUGUAUAUGGAAUGCGGGAGGUCACAACCUGCAUCAGAUGCUUUAGCAAAGGCGGCUCGUGCUCUAGAAGAUGCUCUGCCAGAUGUUGCAGUUCAACUAUAUACUGAUGCUUGUGUUAUCCUUGAAGAGGAUGACAAGGAACAAAUGGCCUUUGAUCUUUACCGUGCUGCCUCUAGUGUGCAGAUAAAGCUUGAAAAGUUUGUAGAUGCUGCAGCUAUCUUAUUAAGACUGGGUGUAGCAGCAAGUAAUUUCAAUGCCACCAACAGCCAGUUCAAGGCAUAUCUUAGUGCAAUUAUUGUGUAUCUUUAUGCUCAUGACUUCAAACAAGCAGAACAGUGCUACAAUGAUUGCUCACAGAUUGAUGCUUUCUUGAGCAGUGACCACUAUCGUUGUGCUAGUAAACUACUUUCUGCUUACAGAGAAGGCGACAUUGAAGAAGUUAAACGUCUUGCUCAGUCUAGCCCCAUUUCACACCUUGACAAUGUGAUCAUUAAACUUGCAAGAAAGUUACCAACUGGAGAUAUUAGUGCAUUCAAGGCUGAUGCUGCCGAAGACGAAGAAGAAGCAUUGGAUGAGAAUGACCUGACAUAAAUAUUUUCUAAAUUGUUGGGCACAGAGCAUGUAUAAAGCCUAUUGUAAUCAAUCGAAGAAUCAUUUGUAAAGUUUGCAGACAUUUUAUCAUUUUCUUACUCUCAAGUUUUUCUAAGAAUUCUGAUAAACAAAAAGAAAGGCGGAUCGGGGUGGAUUUUAUGCUGAUUUGUAUGUAUGAUCUAGUUUUAGAUGAAUUCAUCAUAAAUUGUGGCUUCUACUUGUAUAUUUUUAAAAUUUUACUUUUAUUUGAUUGUAUUUGCAAGAAAGUAAUGAUUAAUUUAUUUGGAUAAA